GUUCACCAUGCAGGAAAGCCGGUUUGUGUAGUGCCUGACUUGAGCCAGGAGAAGGGGGCCCAGUAUCUACUCCGUAUGCCCACGAUCUUGAGAUUGACAUUGAGAUUUCGGAUGAUCAGAGGAUUGACCGGGCUAAAUUUGGUGUUCGGGCGUGGGUACUAAAUCAUGUUGCCAUGAGGCCGUGCGGAACACCUGGAGAGUACGUAUGGCCUCGUAAUCAGUGGCUCGAUUUAGGCCCAGCAGGAUAGGCCAGUCCUGGCCAAGACUUGUCACUGGGGCAAGUCGCCUUAUCGAUAUGUGAUGGACACAAGCUGGAAGCCACGAGAACACUUAUCAGUCGUUCUUUUGCUGGGGGCGCAGUUGGCUUUGGUCUCCCCCAAAUUUGGCUUCUUCGUUUCCUCUGACUUGUCUUACUUUAAUUUCUUUCCGUCGUUUUCAUUCCCAACCAUUCCCAACUGAAGACUUCAUCCGCCCAAUUGUUCAUCUUUCGUUUGCAUUCUGCUUCUUCACUCGUUUUCACCUCUACACGCCGUUCGUUCCGGACCACUCGGUCGCCACUCUUGGUCCUUGUCAAGUUUUGCUCGUUCAGAAACAAGGCACCCCUGUCAUUAUCUCUCGUUUUCUGUCUCGAAUUCUGUAAGCCAUUCGAAAGUGCGUACUUAUGACUGGCUCGUAGAACAGCUUGG